GUUGGACCAAGGCUUUAACAGCGAUGGGUAGAACCUCCCAUCGCUGUUUGGCAUGGUUCUGGAAGUUGGUUUGGCUAAGGGGCCGCUUACCCAUCGAUGGGAUGUUCUUCCCAUCGCUGGGUGGGUGGUUAGCCAAAAACCUAUGGUUUUUGCCUUAACCACGGCCUAGCCAACCGAUGCAAAAACCGACCGAAAAAUCCAAAGUUCUCCAAAAUAAAAACCAAGUUCUCCCUAGAAUUUAUUCCACUAAAUAAACCUAACCAUUUUCAUAAUAAAUGAGCAUUAAUGUUUUUCCUCUACAGACGGUUCUCGGACCGCCCAUGUAACCCUACCGGUCUGUUGGGUCGCGGGUGAACCGGGUCCACGGAAGGCGGGUGUUACAAUUAGAGAAUGAGUCAAGCAGCUGGCAAUGACGGACAGGCUGUCCCAGAGGGGGAGCUUGAGCACGUGAGCGUGGACACUGAAGCGUCAAGCUUCACAGCUCAGCAGGCCUCCGAGCAGGCAGUCCCGGGCGCGGGCCCUGUUCCAGAAGCCGUUCCCAUCAUUCAGCCGCAGUUCGCGGCUAAUUUCAUGAACUUUCUCCAGCAGAUGGAUGGAGCAUACGUCCCACCACCGCCACCACCGCCUCCACCAGUGGCGGUGGUCACCAUCGAGAAGCUCCGGAAGAACGGAGCUGAGGAAUUUCUGGGCGAUCAGAUCGCCGACCCCAUGAUUGCUAAACGGUGGUUCGAGCGAACCACCCGAGUGUUGGGGAACCUCAGGGUUCCGCAAGAGCAGCGUGGCGACCUCGCCGUCGCAUUACUUCAGGAUUUCGCCUAUGAUUGGUGGAAGCGUGUGGGAACAGACAUCCCGGAGCCCGUGCAGUGGGCCACUUUUGACCGACUCUUCCAUGAGGAGUACAUUCCGAAGCACUUCGUUGAGGCGAAGCGAGAGGAAUUCCUGAAGUUCACCCAGGCUCCUCGGGGUGACAUCAACGCGUUGUACAAAAAUGCGUUGGACUUGAAUGUGGCCCUCGUCAAGAAGGCUGAGUUUGAGCAGACGCAAGGGGCGUCAACGGCAUCAUCUCGUCCUCCUCCACCCCAGAAGUCGGGUACCAGUGGCAAAAGGUCCUUUGCAGUGCCUAGCAGCUCUCACCAGAGUAAGAAGGCCGGGCAUUUCUGUAGAGAUUGUCCGAAGAAUCCGAGAGAGGCAUUCUCGUCUGCACCAGCCGUCUCAGCCCCAGCAGCGCAGCCCGCCCAGAGCCAGAAGUCGACGGCAGCAUCCAGUCAGCCCAAGCGACAAGCACCAGGUGCCCAGGCGGAAAAAGCCCCGGCCCGUACUUAUGCGAUUCGAGGGCGUACCGAGCAGCCAGCCCAUGACGUCAUCAUGGACUUGGAUAAUCCGGUAAUCAUGUCCAACCCAUUGGGACACAGCCUGCGACUCACCCACGUGUACCACGACUACCCAUUAGUUGUCAAGGGAAAAACCUUCCCUGCAAGUCUCAUUGAGCUUCCACAUCGUGAGUUUGACGUUAUUCUAGGCAUGGAUUGGCUCACAACCAACCAAGCCGUUGUUGAUUGUGGAGCACAUACUGUUCGACUAAGAGCCGAAGAUGGCAGUGACGUUCUGAUCAGCUCCGAUACAGUCACACUCGAUGAGAAUCUUUCGUACGAGGAGGGGCUGGUUGAGGUUCUGGCUCGGGAGAUCUGCCAGUUGAGGAACAAAACCAUUCCGCUGGUCAAGGUAGACAUGACGGUGCAGGUGCCAACCCUGGAGAGCAGUGACGAUGGGGAGAUGGGCGGAAAACCACAUUUUAUCCUUGGUAUGGAUUGGUUGACCAAGCGUCAAACGAUAAUUGAGUGUGGUUUGCGCACCGUACGACAGAAGACCGAUGAAGGUGAUAUCGUAGAAGUUAAAGGGGAGCUGUUCCCCAAGCCUCCAGAAUUUAUUUCCUAUAUGCAAGCAAAAUAUCGAUCAUAUCCAUCACAUGUCCUACCUGAGGGAGAAGUCACCCUCGACGAGAGUCUUACCUAUGAGGAAGAACCCAUACAGAUCUUGGCACGUGAAGUAAAGGAACUGAGGAACAAGACAAUUCCCUUGGUCAAGGUGCUUUGGCGAAACCAUGCAGUGGAAGAAGCAACAUGGGAGACCGAGGAGUCCAUGAGAGCUCACGGAGUUGGUGUAAGUCUGGUGUUCGCCGCGACAGACGGUAGGGGGGUACCGCUGGCACGUUACCUGGCUACCUCCAGCCUCCCUGUUUUCAUCUCUCUCUCUGCCAAUACCUGUCACCCGACGGCAGCCAGGUGCCGAAUGGGCGCUAGGCCCUACCGUCUGGUCGGUAGCGGCUACCGUGACAGCCUACCAGAGGAGACUCCAGCUGACACGGUAAUCCAGGAAAUGAUGAGCUUAGAGCAAAUCCCGGAGGGCGAUGAGGAGGUUGAGAUGUGCGUGGUGGUGUUCGACGAUUUCAGGCAUGAUUCCCAAGUUGUGUUUUGAAUUACUACCUCCGUCCGAGAGUAUUUGUCCACUUUCAUUUUUACACACCAUCCAAUGCACUUCUUUAAUCCAUUUUAUCUUGUAAUUUGUAUAUUAAAAAGUUAUAGAAAUUAUAUAUUAAUAAUCUAUAUGUUAAGACAAAUCAAACAAGAUCACACAUGACUAUAUUUAGGCUUACACAUUGAGAGAAUUUGAUGAGUCAAAGUACUUAUAUGAACAGUUCCAAAAGUCAAAACUGGACGAGUACUCCGGGACGGAGGAAGUAUGAAUUAAGCUUUCGCAACUGU